UACUUCAACUACUCACCCAAAAGACUACAAUUCCAAAAAUCCUCUCUUUCUCUUUUUUUUCUUCCUAAAAUACCCCUCUCCAUGCCUAAACUUUUUUUCUUCAUUUUCCAUAGCAAAAAUGGAAUUUGAUAGCCCAAAAAAGAUCAAAAAACCCAGAAAAUCAUAUUUUCUGGGUUGUUUUGGAUUUUCAAUUAUUGAAAAAGAAUUAUUAUCUGUUAAUAAAUCAGUCAAGAAAAAAAAUAAGUCAAAAAUGUUAUCUUUUUCUAAAAUUGUACGGAAGCAUUCGUCGGCGGCGAAAACUAUUCCGGUGGACAUUUCCGAUAAGUUCGAUAACCGGAGUAGUAGAGAAAUUCAUGUGGUGAAGUCGGAGAAGGUUAAAACUCCGGCGAUCGCCGGCGAUGUAACUCCAGCGCCGGCGAUUAAGGGUCAAAGUAAAACAAAUAUACAAGAGAAGGAUACAAAAAAGACAAAGGACCAUAAAACAAAGGACAUCAUCCACAAAAACAACAAAAGCUUGGAUCAAUUAUUAGAUAACGUGCGUGACAAUUCAACGUGUCGAAAUGAACUUUCAAGAAGUGUUACUAUUUCUAGUACUCAUAAUUUAAACCACCUUAUAAUAAACGAUCCAACAAAAGACAAACAUGAGAUCAAAUUUUCCCACUCAAAAUCUCUUCCGCCACCAAAGUGGAAGAAACCGGUGGCGGCAGCUGCCAUCGGAAAAGUCAACGAUGAGAAGUCAAGUCAACGACGAGAACACGUAUCGAGUCAUGACAAUUUUGACUCAAUUAUUGGGAUGUCAAUUCUAAUGGUAACUCUAUUGAUAAUGUUGUUUUGGGGCAAGGUUUGUGCCAUUGUUUGUACGUGUGCAUGGUUUUAUUUUCUCCAUCGGUUUCGAACGGAAAACGAAGUGGUUAUCGCCGGAAAAGUUGGCGGUGUCGCCGGAGAUGUUGAUCUAAACUCGGAGGAGUACAAGAAGAAGGUGGUGUUGGAAGGAUUUUUGGAGAGAAACCAUAGGAGUAGUGUUGGAUUUUCGUAGGUUUUUUUGUAAUGCAUUUUAAUCUCUUUUUUUUUGGGUGGGUUGGGGGGAGAGGGGGGAGAGGGUCCAUUUUAUGUGGGCUAUUUUCUAUUCAUUUAUUUUAUUAAAAAAAAAAAGAGAGAAGGGGAAAAGAGAAAGGAAAACACUUUUUUUUUUUCAUUUGGAAUUGAAUUUUUCAUGUAAAUUUUAGACAUAUAUGGGAGUGUGCAAAAGAGAUGGUUGUUUGGUAUAGAAGUUUGUCUAAUUUCAACUUCAUUUAGUAU